AUGAACACCCGUCGCUCAUCCAUGUCUGGCGCGCCUGGAAACGUCGAGAUCACUCGUGGUUCUUACUACACUAUUCGAUACAAUGGUGCCGCCAACGGUUCAUCCGGAAUGACUCCUGCCCAGUCCCGGCCUAUCAGUUACAUUAGUUCCUCGCGCUUUCCUGGAACAAGCACCACGAGCAGGAGUGUUGGAUAUGGCAGUCCUACAACUGGCCCUAUGUCAAGUUCGACAACCCGAGGCGUUUCUUCUAUGAGCCCGAUGUCAAGUCAAUCUAGCCGAUCCUCGAUGAGUCCUAUGUCGAGCCAGACUAGCCGGGGACCUUCCUCCAUGAGCCCAAUGGGCGUUGGCUCUCGUACCAGCCGUUCGAGCUCUAUGCAUCCUGGCAGCUCCGUUCAUCCCGGCAGCUCCCUGCACAGUCGCUCUACAUCAACUGCGCGGCCCAGUUAUACCACCCCUAUUGCUCCUAACGCGAGCACCGCUGCUCCGCCCCCUCCGCCGCCAAAUUCGGCAUCUGGAAUGGCUACCACGUCCGGCGCUCGUUCUUCGGCUAUGCCUGGGUCGACUACUCAGAGUCGUCGCAAUUCAUUCUCGGGCCCCCACAACUCCUCUACAGCACAGAGUAGCCGUCAGCCUAGAUACAGUGGUGGUUUUGCGCUUUAUUCAAACCGUCCGAAGAGUUCUGGGCAUGGCCUUUCUAGUGCGAAGCACCCGCGCAAGGGUUGCAAUCAGCAGUAA